UCCGGCCACUGUCCGGCAGUCACCACCGCGCCGCAAGCUCUCCGCAUGCCGCCUCUGUCCUUUGCGCUCCACCGCGCGUUCUCCCUCCUCAACCGACUCGACUCCCCGCGCCACCUCCUGCAGGCCCACGCCUUCCUCCUCACCCGCGGCGGCCAUCGCAACGCGCGACUCCUCUCGGCGCUCCUCCUCGCCUCUCUCCGCCUUCCUCUCCGCCUCCACGCCCUCGCGCUCCUCCGUCGAAUACAUCCCUCCGUAUCCCUCAACGCUGCCGCCCGGAUUCCCCACCUGCGUGGCACUCUCGGCCCGCAGCUCCACUCCAUUGUCGUCCGUGCCGGGCUCGCCUCCGACGCUCACGUCUCGGCCAGUCUCAUCCAGGCCUACUUCUCCUGUGCCUGCGCAGCCUCCGCGCGCAGUGUGUUCGAUGAAACGGUCCACAAGGACAUCUUCUGCUGGAACGUUACCAUCUCGGGGUAUGUCAAGUCCGGCAACCUGGACUGCGCGCGUCAGCUGUUCGAUGUUAUGCCACAGAGGAAUGUCGUGUCAUGGACGACCUUGAUCGGAGCGUACGCGCAGAUGAAACGGCCAGCACAGGCCGUCGAGAUGUUCCGGAGGAUGCAGGUGGAGGAGGCCAUCGAGCCUGAUGGGAUAGCAAUGCUGUCCGUGUUGUCGGCUUGUGGGGAUCUCGGAGCGGUUGAUUUGGGGGAAUGGGUGCACAGGUUCAUCGUGAAGCGGGGGUUAUGCUGGCAUAUACCGCUGAUGAAUGCCAUAAUUGACAUGUACCUCAAAUGCGGGUGUGUUGCCAAGGCUGUGGAGGUGUUUGAGGGCAUGGGGCACAAGAGCAUUGUGACUUGGACGACGCUGGUCGCUGGAUUUGCUUUGCAUGGCCUCGGUUCCGAAGCUGUUGAUAUGUUCCGCCGGAUGGAAAGGGAGAAUGUGGCACCAAAUGACAUCACGUUUCUUGCCAUCCUGUCAGCAUGUAGCCAUAUCGGACUGACUGAUUUGGGUCGCUGGUAUUUCCAAAUCAUGGUAUCUCACUACAGGAUUAAGCCACGAGUUGAACAUUAUGGAUGCAUGGUCGAUUUACUUGGUCGUGCUGGUUGUUUGAUGGAAGCUCGAGACUUAGUUAAGGACAUGCCUUUCAAGGCAAAUGCAGCAAUAUGGGGAGCUCUUCUUGCUGCUGCUCGGACCCAUGCUGAUGCUGAGCUUGGGGAACAAGCCCUGGUGCAUCUAAUUGAGCUUGAGCCUCAUAACAGUGGGAACUAUAUUCUCCUGUCUAAUAUUUAUGCAGAACAGGAGAGGUGGGAUGAAGUGAGCAAACUUCGCAAGGCAAUGAGAGACGGGGGCUUAAGAAAUGUACCAGGGGCAAGUUCUAUUGAAGUUGGUGGUGUGGUUCAUGAGUUCACUUCCAGAGAUGGAUCGCAUCCUUGCUUACAUAAGAUACAUAAAAUAUUGCGUGAGAUCACCGCUGACAUGAAAUCCAUCGGUUAUGUUGCUGUGCUCCCCGAAGCACCGCAUGAUAUUGAAGAAGGGUAAGACCGUAAGAGCAUUCUUCGAAGAGCAUAUGCGGUGUGUGUGUACGGAAGGUCAAAAUUCAGAUAGUUGAUUCUUGAUGGGGUAGUCGUUGCAUGAGCGAUUUGUUCUCAUGAUGAGAACUAACCAAGCCUUUGAGCUUUGCUACAGAUAAGGGUACCAUCUACCAACUACCAGGAGCCCCUUACCUGCUAUUAAGUGAUCAGUUGUUUCCCCUGGCUUCUCCUUUUGUAGAAUAUACAUGCCACUCCUUUUUGAAUUUUAGGUAAACAUAUGUAAGAUAGACCCAAAGUGGUCGGACCCUUUCCCGGACCCUGCGCAAGCGGGAGCUACGUGCACCGGGCUGCCUUUUUUUUAUAUGUAAGAUAGUACUUUAAGUUACUGUUCCGCAAAAGCCCUUAUUGCAUGCUUUACCUUGACAUGUACUUAAAUCAGCUAGCUAAAUACGAUCUCUGAAUUAAUAUAGUGCAGUUUCAUCUUUA